AUGGGCUCCAACGGGUCAGUUGGUGGAAAAAUUAAACCUUCCUGAUCUAUAUUGUGGCCAGAUAUCGAUCGGGAAGACCCGUCGGAAGCAGAUAAAUUGCCUAAUUGGUGUAAAGGACAGAUAUCAGCAGCUUUAUCUGCCGUGUAUGGUCACCUUAACAGAGAGCAGCAGGGGAUAAAGGAAUGCAGCAUUUAAUAUAAACGAGGAGAUGCCAGAGCUAAAGGGAAAGGAAUAAGGGUGAGGUCACUCCUGGCAAUUUGGAGAGAUUUAGUUGAUUGGCGACUAAUUGCCUCUUCUUUGUGGCGACUAAUCUCCCCGAGAAAUUGUCGCCCAAAGAAGAGGCGAUUAGUCAACAGGCAACUAAAUCUCCCCGAAUCGCCAGCUGUGACCUUACACAAGCAAAGGGAGAGCAGAAGAUAAAUUGGGGGGAGGGAGACGGUAAAAGGAGGAUGGGAGAAAAGUGGAGAAUAAUAAAUAAUGCAACAGAGCCAAUUGGUGUUCGGAGAGUAGGGGACAUGGAAGAAGACGAAAAUCCAAACAAGAAUACGUUAAAUUGAACUGAAUAAAAUGCAGAAGGUGAUAACUGGCAAAUGAAAAGCCACAGCAGAACUAUAUCAGGGUUGGUCAAACCGUUUUCAAUUAUAGUUUAUUCAGUGUAACAAUAUUUAGAUGCCGCUGGGACUAAAGCCAACAUGCAGCAUGUGCAAAACAAACACAUCUUCCAUGUGGAAGAAAGGAAGCCAAGGCGAGAUCCUGUGUAAUAACUGCAGCGGCAAGAGCAGCACUGCUGCUGGUGGAAACAACAAUAACAACAGCAGCAGCAGCACAAGUGGUAGCAGCUCUUAUACCGGCACAACCUUUGCAAGUACUUCCACCUCCCAGCAGAGUAAUGGUGGAAACACUAAACAGUCGAAGCAGGAAAUCCACCGCAGAUCAGCUCGACUCAGGAACACCAAGUACAAAGCUACGCCGGCUGCUGAAAAGAAGGUUUCUACUAAAGGAAAGGGCAGGAGGCACAUAUUCAAACUGAAAAAUCCAAUCAAGGCACCGGAAUCUGUAUCCACCAUCGUCACAUCAGAGUCCAUCUUCCAUAAGGGCCUCUACUACCAGAUUGGAGAUGUGGUUUCUGUUGUGGACGAGGAAGAUGGUAAAACAUACUAUGCCCAAGUGAGAGGUUUCAUACAGGAUCAGUACUGUGAGAAGAGUGCCGCCCUCACCUGGCUCAUUCCUACAUUGUCCAGUCCAAAAGACGGGUUUGAUCCCUCCACAUACAUUAUAGGGCCAGAUGAAGAUCUCCCCAGGAAGAUGGAGUGCUUAGAAUUUGUGUGCCACGCUCCCUCUGAAUACUUCAAGUCUCGCUCUUCCCCUUUCCCUACCAUUCCUACCAGGCCUGAGAAGGGAUUUAUUUGGACUCACAUUGGCCCCACCCCAGCCAUCAGUAUCAAGGAAACAAUGGCCAACCACUGAUUCAGUGAUUCAUAGACUGUAUCGUCCACACCAGCAUUUCUCAUGUGUAACUAGGAUUGCCACCUUUUCUGGAAAAAAAUACCAGCCUUCCUAUAUAUUUAUCUUUUUUCCUUAAUAAUAACAUUGGGAUCAACCAUCAUUUUUACCGGCCAGGCCAGUAAAAUACCGGUCAGGUGGCAACCCUAUGUGUAGCUGAUUUUGCCAAAUGAAUUAAACAGAGAGAGUUUGUUGCCUUUAGAAGAAACGUUUGGGGCACAGGCAUAGCACCUGAAGUCAUGUCUAGCAACCAAUCAGCACUUGCACUGAGCUAUUCCUGUAAAAUGGAGAACUGAAGUGCUCGGUAUAGUUAUUAAACAUCUGAGAAAUGUCAACUUCCAUCUAAUGCCAUUAGAGUAAUACAGUCCAAGACCAGUCCAGAUGGGCAGUGCUGACAUCCCUCCUGCUUUCUAUGGUAAAUGAACACUGUGGGGUUUAAUUAGUUAAAAUAGCUUCACAGUGUGACUUUUUGUGCUUUCUCUCAGAAGAACAGGCUUUUGUGGCCGCAGUACAAUUAUGGGAGAAGAACACAGGAGAACACGGGCAGGGGUUUGAACUAGUUUUAGUGAUUUGGCUUCUGAUACCACAGGCCCAAGCAUGAAUUGAUUCUGAAAUCAUAUAUGAUGGUGGGAUAUUUUUUAUUUUAUCAUUUUAAAGGUGUACAGUGUAAAUAAAUACCUUGUACUAUA